AUGCUCAAUUUCGUUUGGUUGAUCGUUUUUGAGAUCAUUUUCGAUUUGACGGCUGUUGCCUUUUUCUACAGUCUUUACUUGACCGGGUGUCGCUUUUUCGGGAAAACAUCAGAUCAACAACCCUCAAUGGUCCAACAAAUCGUCGAUCUCCUCCUGUUGAUAUUAAAGGUGCUGAUCAGUUGUGUCGUCGAAAGUGUCAAAGCUUUCCUACCAAAUGGCGUCUUACCCAGGAAGAAAGUUCAAGGUGACAUCGUUUUGAUUACCGGAUCUGGCAGUGGAUUGGGGAGAUUAUUGGCACUAGAAUUUGGUCGACUGGGCGCCGAGCUAGUUCUUUGGGAUGUGAAUGAGACCGGCAACAAAGAGACGCGAAAAAUGCUUGAACAAGAAGGCGUUAAGUCCAACUAUACACCCGCCAGCAACAAUAAU